UAGGCUUUUGAACGAUCUUGCAUAUUGAUCUCAAUUUUUUUUUUUUUUUUUUAAUAUGGAAAAUCUAAUUUGCUUAAACCUUUUAAGCCCUGAAAUUUUCGUUCUGUUUCUAAACGAGAUUGUACAGCAGCAUAUCUGGCAACGCCCAGUCGCUGCCGCCUGCCUUUGGAUGGGCGGAGCUAACUGCAGGUACUUCACGACGUUCACAGGAAGCGAGGGUGGAGCGAGUUUUCCCACCCCACCUCACAGAAACUGGUCCGCCGGUGGGUGAGUGAGCUGGGUCAAAUAAAUGGGGAGAGAAGAACAGCUUGGGGUGUAGCUGCCUCCUCCCGGACCCCGCCGCGGAACGUCUUCCCUCUGCUCCCCUGAUGUUAGCUCGGUGGCUGCUGCCGCUGGUCUGCGCGCUGUCCGCAGCAGAGGCCGACCUCUUCCCCUUCGGCAGCAUUAGCAACGUUUCCUCUUACUAUUUUAAUUACUUUUACUGCAACAUAUGGGAGGGGGAGUGUCAGCCCCACCAGGACGAUGCCACACAGCAAGUUCCUGUCGGGGAGCCCUGGGCAGGUUUUCCUCAGGACUACGUUAGCCUGCUGCAUCAGUGGUACUGUAGCCUGGGUCAGUGCUGUGAGUCUGGAGACUGCAGGAUAACCAAUAACAUCACAGGUUUGGAAAAGGACCUACAAACGAAGCUCCACGGGCAGCACCUGGUCCAGUCUGUGGUCCUCAAAGCCAUCCAGGGUUUCAUCAACAAUCCAGAGUCCAACAAGCCUCUGACGCUCUCCUUCCACGGCUGGUCCGGAACUGGCAAGAACUUCGUGGCCCGGAUCAUCGCUGAUAACCUGUACCGGGACGGGGUGAAGAGCGAGUGCGUGCGUUUGUUCAUCGCCCCGUUCCACUUCCCACACGCCAGGCUGGUGGACACGUACAAGGGCCAGCUGAGAGAAGCCAUCCGAGACAUGGUGCUGCGCUGCCCACAAACUCUGUUCAUCUUUGACGAGGCUGAGAAGCUCCACCCGGGCCUCAUUGACGCCAUCAAACCCUUCAUGGAUCACUACGACAACGUGGACGGAGUCAGCUACCGUAGAGCCGUCUUCCUCUUCCUCAGUAAUAUUGGCGGCGCAGCAAUCAACGACGUGGCGCUGGACUUCUGGCACUCGGGUCAGAACCGAGAGGAUAUCGGUAUGGAAGACCUGGAGCAUCGUCUUCGAGCUGAAACUAUGGAGUCUCAGGGAGGGUUUGCUCAGAGCGAGCUCAUGUCGGGUCACCUGAUCGACUUCUUCGUGCCAUUUUUGCCGCUGGAGUACCGUCACGUUAAGCUCUGUGCGCGAGACGCCUAUGUAGCACGGGGCCUAGAGACGGAUGAAGCAACGCUGGACGAGGUGGCCAAGGCCAUGCUGUACGUGCCCAAAGAGGAGAGGCUGUUCUCAGCCCAAGGGUGCAAGUCCAUCCCGCAGAGGAUCAACUUCUUUCUCCCCUGAACGUGCAGACGAGGGUGACCUGGAGGGUGUUGUCUGAUUUGAUUUUACCGGUCCAUCUGCCUCACAGAGCCACGUGGGAGACGUGUCCCCUUUGCUCUGCGCACCGCCCCCCCCCUCCCCACGCAGAUACAGAAACGUGUGCGUCCAGGUCCCUCACAGACGGAGCAGGCAGCAGGAGAUCCAGUGUGAGACGGGGAGCAGGGUGACGUCAUGUGAGGCGUGACUGCUGUCCUUUGUGUCGAGACAGACGGAUGAAGACAGGAACUGUGAAGUGUUCAUACUGUUAUUUAUUAUAGUAGUUUCUUUAAAACUAUGAGUUGUGUUGUUUUUUUAACAUUCUUGUAAGUUCUAAGUGAAGUGUUCGUAUUGCAUAUUCAGAAUUGUGUUUUUGUUCACAAUGAACUUUUUCUUGAAAUUAUUUAGGUCAUAGUUAAACAUGUUACUGUGCCAUACAUGUUUGUGGAUUGGUUUAAUAAACACACUUAGUUUUUUUUUAAGCUGCAAAAUAAACCUUGCACACUGACUUUUGAACUCACCAUGAAUACACAACACUUUACUACAUUACUGAGUAUUCAGCACCCAUAGAUGAGAAACACUCGUCUUCCACGUUGUCAUCUACACAAAGUUUAGCGGCUGGUUUGGACUAAGUAUAAAAUGGCGUUGUGUUAUCAACAGUGUGAUGGAUGAACAUGACGUUACUGGAAAUUGUUACAGUUGGUGAGACAAAGAUUUAAAUGAAAACUAACUUUUUAAUAAAUUGUUGGAACCCCAAA